AACACGACUAAAUCAGCAUGUGUAGAGCCGAAAUCAAGCCAAACGCUUUGAUAUACGUGAAAGGACCGCAGUUUUACCAUGCAUCGUACAUCGUAUUGGUACAGGAGAUGUUUGAAGGAAAACAAAUCGAUUCACACGUUGUCGAUGGUUUGGACUUUCAAGGUUUCAAUCGGAUUGCGGAAACUACAGCAAAGGAUGUAUUGUUCUUGGAGGUACAUUAUCCCUCAACGCUUGAUCUAACGGACAGUGCCGCCUGUUUGGAAAGAUUGAAAGAUGUACGUGUUGCUGAACUGUUCACAAAGCACCAUAACUAUUUGGCUGCACGAAAUCAAUCAUGA